AUGGCGCCUCUUCUCGAAGAUCCACGUAUCCGACAACGAUGGAAUCGUAUUUCGCAAAAUGCCGAGUCCGUCACGGAAACAGCGGCGGCAAACAUUUGGAAUUUCCAACACGAGUACAUUCAUCCAUGCUUUGCCUCAAUCGCCUUCGGUAUCGAACAGUGUACGGGAAUAUGCUUCCCAGAUCGCGAAGAACGGGCUCGGCGACGAAUGAGGGGAAGGGCUGAGGCAAGCUUUGAUUUUUAUGACGAUUGGGAUCAAGAAGAUCAUUUCAAAAAUCAUGGUUUAUUUGGGGGCUGGGGAACUGAUGAACUAGACAGACUUCUAGCAGGUAGAGGCCUAAGCUCAGGAAAAGGUAUUGGCAUUAAUCAGCCACCCAAAAGAAACCGGGGAAUGAGUUAUGGCACACGAGAGAGGCGGAGAAGUUGUGAUCAUGAUCCUACUAUUAUUCCAAGUACAAGUGCCUUGGGAUUCCUCGGUCGGUUGCCAUUUAAAUUGGGUGGCACAUUACGAUAUAAACCAAGCGCGGCAGACCUUCAGGAUCGCCCAGGAAUUGGACGUUCGAGACGUCGUAAAGAUAAUGAAAGAGCUCCUUUAAUAAUCGAUGACGACUUUGAUCAUGAUAGACAAGUUGGUGGAUCCAGACGAAGUAGGGCCUCUAUCGCGAGUUCUGGUGGAACAUCAGAUUCCCUUCGCUCACGCGGUGACCUAUUUCAAAGCGAUGAAGAAGAUGAUGCAGUACCAUUGAGUGAUGAAUUUUCCAUAGUGUUGGAACGACGAAUAACUGGUUCCAGCUCGGAUGAUACUAGUAUAAGUCGGAAUAAUGGAGGAAAAGAUGAAGCCUAUUGUAUAAGUACAGUUUUCAAGCCAGUAUCAGAGAACUCUCGGUCAUCCUCGUAUUCGAAAGUGUCAAUACGCGGACAGUGUACCAGCACUGGCUAUGCACAACCUGGAGCCCCGACAAUCUCAAGUCCAGCGGUGACGGUUCAGACACCAUCACUUUUUGACCUUCAGCAGGAAAAUGACAGAGUAACGCAAGAGGAAGAAAUUCUCAUUGAAGUUAAACGGAACGCAGCUGCAAAGUUGGCACUCCAACGUGGAUACUAUCUUAAUCAGGCGCCAAUAUCUAGUGACGAAAUAAAAACUGAGGUUCUCUAUGACAAAGAAGUUGUUGAACAAGAAUUGCCAGGAAGCAAUUAUACCACCGAACAAACCUGUGAAAUACUCAACGAUACAGAUCUUUCAAAUCUUACCAAACCUCACUCAGGCAAGAUAGAAACUUCGUCUAUAGGAUCUAUUCAGCCUCAAUUCAUACCUGCUAAGCUUUCACACCCUGGUUGA